CCCCACGAGGCUGGAGCUUUUCAGCAGUCCUAUCGUCACAAAGAACUCUGAACACCCUUUUGUAAUUUAUUCGUUCGGAAAGAUGAGCAAUGUCAUCACUUCGCAAUGCAGCAGCGGAGUCGAGUCAGGGUGGACUCUGUACUUGGAUGACGAUGAGGAGCACGAGUCCUCUUUCUCCAUGGAGAGGGCCAGGAGGAGGAGUUACGGAUCGGGAUGGAUUCGGAAGGAAGAGGAGGAUGAUGAUGAGAACUUGUCCAUGGUGUCUGACGCAUCCUCGAGGCCACCUUACUGCGGGGCUGAGGAUUGGAGCUGCCAUGAGAGCGGUGGCGGUUUUGUCGCCGGUUUGGAACAGAGCGGUAAGAGGAAGAAUAAGAGGCAGCAGGGCAGAGGGUGGCAUUCGCAUUAUGAGGACACUGCCUGCUCCCAUCAGAAGAACUUCAGUCUCCCCAGCAGCCAUGCUCCAAGGAAACAUGCUCUAGACUUCCAACCUGGAUACUCCAUCGCAAACCUCGAGGAUAAACUCGAAUACGGGAAGCAGUACCACUACCUCCACUCGUCUGGAGCUGAAAAGCCAGCUCCAAAGAUAUCUGACAACUCUAGGAAGCUCGGGUGAUUGUCAAUGAACUUUUUAUAAUUUUCCUCAAGAAAAUGUGGAAAAUGUGGGGUACUGUUCUCUAAUAUGAGGGUAGAAAUGUAUGGGGGGAGGGUGAAUUGAUUGGGUGCUGGUGCAGUUACUGUGGGGGAAGGGGGAGGGAGGUAAUGGUUUGCUGAAAUGUAAAAGGAAGGGCACUGGAUCUAAGAAGAUCUUGUCCCUUCUUUCUUAAUUGUUAUCCUCUUCUCAUUUUUAUUUUGCCAUCACUUUCCAUUUUUUAUUUAUCUUUUCUUUUUCUCUUGUCAACUGCGAGGGAAACAACCUAAGAUUAAAAAAAUGGAAAAUUAACAAACGACA